AUGUGGAGUGGAGUACUUCAGCGUCAGUAUAAUGGUAGCAUGACGUUUAUUGCUUUUCUUGCUUUCACGAUAGGGCGAUUCCACUUUAAAAUUCCAUGGUUAAGGGUUAAGGUUAAUUCUUUUGAGGAGGACUGUCGAAAGAUGUCGUUUGGCUUCAAACUUGCCGUGAGGUUUCUUCUGGAUUCGAACUGUUCAAUUCACAAGCUGUCGUAUUCUUAUUUGAAAAAUCAGAUCCAGAAUUAUGAGAAGGAAAUUGAAAUACCGGUUGUGGCACAUAAAAGAGGCAAUCAUACUAUUCAAAAUGGUACUACUGAUAUUGAGUUGAAAGCGGUUAGUGACUUGAGUGAGGAAGUUGUCAAAGUCGAUUUAUCUUGUCCCAGGCCAGGAUUUGAUAAACUCAAGCAGUACAACGAGGCAGACGAUGUGAUAAAGAAGUUAUUCAGCCUUGAAUUCUCAACCAAGCAAGUAACAUUGGAGAAGAUGAUGGAAGAAGUGGUGUCGAUGGUGCAAGACCAUCCCCUCGACGUCAAGUCCAUGGAGGUGGAAAUUGCUAAAGAUACAGUCGCCAUAAGAAAUCAAAUAAAGCAUUGCUUAAAAUUCCGACACGACAAAUAUUCGAUAUCAGUUCUGCGAAACAGGAUAAGUCGUCGAAACGACAAAUUGGGCGAACUGUUAUCAGCAGAUAAAGAAAAAUUUGAUUGGUUGACAGCAAAAUUGCAAUUAAAGUACACCCCGCCUUCAAAAUAUUCUCACCUGGAAAAACUUUCCAAACGAGCUCUGCGUAAAAAAGUUGCCAGAGAUUUUGCUUUGCAACUUGUUAAAGAGAAGAACGAAACUUUAAAGAAGAAAUUAUCUGAGGAGAGAAUUAGAUUUGAUAAAUACAAAGAAGAGGAACUCGAUAAGAUAAUAAAAGAACUGAAGGAGCUUGAUAUUGAUGAGGUGACCAGUCUUGCUGAUACACUGAAGGCACUUGACAGAGAAGAUUUGAUCCCCAAAAAAGUUGAGGUUCCCAGUCGAAGGCAACUUUUAUAUUCAAAAAAAUUGGAAAUAUACAUGAAGAAGAAGGAGGAAGUUGAUGACCAGAAGUUGAAAGCUAACGGAUUUUUCACACCAAGAGAAUUUCCAAAUAUUCCUGAUAAACUGUUUUUUUAA